AUGCCCGUGCCCCUUGCCGUCGCGGUCCCGGCCGCCCUCGCCGGCGCCGCCUACCUCAACGCCAAGUCCGGCCUAUGGUACGAUCUCAAGAUGCAGCGCGUCUACCUCACCACCAUGUUCCGGCUCCUACGCGGCCUCCGCCGCGACCGCCUCAGCCUCUUCUACACCCUGGAAGACUGGGCGCUCAGCAAGACGCACGCCGGCCGCGACGUCCUCCGCUUCGAGGACCGCCGCUACACCUACGCCCAGCUCUACGACCACGUCCUCCGCCACGGCACCUACCUGCGCGCCCGCCACGGCGUCAAGCCCGGCGACAUCGUCGCCCUCGACUUCCAGAACUCGGACACCUUCCUGUUCCUCUGGUGGGGGCUCUGGGCCAUCGGCGCGAAGCCAGCGAUGAUCAACUACAACCUGACGGGCAAGCCGCUGGCGCACUGCGUCGGCGCCGCCACGGCCCGGCUGUGCAUCGUGGACCCUGCCGUGGAGGGCAACGUGACGGACGAGGUGCGCGCGCAGCUGCCCGGCGUCGAGUUCAUGGUGUGGACGCCGGAGAGGGAGGCGGCCGAGGCGGCGGCCAUCGCGCCGGUCCGCUUCCCGGACGCGGACCGCUCCGAGGCCGAGUACUCCAACAUGGCGCUGCUCAUCUACACCUCCGGCACGACCGGCCUGCCCAAGGCCGCCAUCGUCUCGUGGGCCAAGUGCAUCGCCGGCGGCACCAUGGCCUCCAUGCUGCUCGGCCGCGGCGACGGCCGCGACGUCAUGUACACCUCCAUGCCGCUGUACCACAGCUCCGCCGCCAUCCUCUCCUUCUGUGCCACCGUCGUCUCCGGCAGCACCCAGGCGCUCGGCCGCCGCUUCUCCACCAAGACCUUCUGGCAGGACGUCCGCCAGCACGACGCCACCGGCAUCCAGUACGUCGGCGAGACCCUGCGGUACCUGCUCGCCGCGCCGCCGCAGCGCGACCCGGCCACCGGCGCGGACCUCGACAAGCAGCACAAGGUCACCGCGGCCAUCGGCAACGGCCUGCGUCCGGACAUCUGGAACGCCUUCAAGGACCGCUUCGGCAUCGCCACCAUCGCCGAGUUCUACGCCUCCACCGAGGGCGCCGCCUCCACCUGGAACCUCUCCUCCAACGACCUCUUCGCCGGCGCCGUCGGCCGCCUCGGCUGGCUGCGCCGCCUCCUCCUCCGCAACGACUUUGCCUUCCUCGCCUACGACCACGAGCUCGACCGGCCCCUGCGCGACCCCACCACCGGCUUCUGCCGGCGCGUCCCCGCCGGCGCGCCCGGCGAGCUCGUCACCCGCCUCGACCCGGCCGACCUCGGGCGGCUCUUCCAGGGUUACUUUGGCGACGCGCGCGCCAGCGAGUCCAAGGUGCUGCGCGGCGUCUUCGUCGAGGGCGACGCCUGGCUGCGCACCGGCGACAUCAUGAGCCUCGACGCCGAGGGCCGCUACGCGUUCAACGACCGCGUCGGCGACACCUUCCGCUGGAAGUCGGAGAACGUGUCCACCAACGAGGUCGCCCACGCCGUCGGCACCUACCCGCCCGUCCGCGAGGCCAACGUCUACGGCGUGCGGCUGCCGCACCACGACGGCCGCGCCGGCUGCGUCGCCGUCAACUUUGCGGGCGCGAGCCCCCCGGACGCGGACACGCUCCGGGGCCUGGCCGCGCACGUCCGCGAGGGCCUGCCCAGGUACGCGGUGCCGCUGUUCCUGCGCGUGGUCAGGGACAUUGGGGGCGCGCAGACCACCGGCACCAACAAGCAGCAAAAGUCGGUCCUGCGCAACGCGGGCGUCAAGCCCGGCGCGCUGGACGACGGCGCCGCGCUGUACUGGCUCCGCGGCGACACGUACGUGCCCUUUGGCAAGAAGGAGUGGCGGGAGCUGGAGGGUGGCCGGGUCAAGCUAUAG